AUGUCAGAUUUUGUUAACAACACUGUGAAAAAGGCAGCUUGUAAUGCUGUUUUGGAUUUUGGAUCAGGCUUGGGACAUUUAAUAAGAAUCUUGAGUUACAAAUAUAACAUACAAACUAUUGGAAUUGAAAUGCAAACCAAAUUGACUUCAGAGGCUAGAAAACUAGACUUAGAAUUGGAGUACACAGUUAAAAAAUAUCUUACAGAAGAAGAGAUGUCUAAGCUCAUUAGGCCCAAUCAUAUCAACCUAACACUAUCUUCAUUACAACAAUUGGCAGAGAUACCUUUGAAUACUAAAAAGUAUGGCUUGAUUGGUUUACAUCCUUGUGGAGAUUUAGGACCAUUGUUGAUAAAACAUUUUGUAAAUACUGGUGAUGUAAAAUUCAUUUGUAUUGUUGGUUGUUGUUUCAUGAAGUUAUCAUGCAAUAAAGAACCUUGUGGCUAUCCAAUGAGUGAAUAUCUUAAAGGCCUGAACAAUGAUCUGUCCUACUUCAGUAGAGAAAUAGCUUGUCAUGCUAUCGAGACAUACUGCAAAAGAUUAUGUAAUGGUGACUAUAAUGAUUUGAAGGUGCAUGCAUAUAGAGCUGCCUUAGAGAAACUUUUACAACAAUUGGAUCCAAAAUUGAUGCACAUGCCUGUAAGAAAUGUCAAACAUACAAACAAUAUGACAUUUGAGGAGUAUUGUGCUGCAGCAUUACAUAAGCUAUCAAUUGACCCAUUGAACAGUUCAGAUGUUGAGACAGAUUUACUGCAAUGGAAGAAAGUUGUAGUGCUCUACACUCUUAGACUGGCUAUAGCACCUCUAGUAGAGACACUUAUAUUACUGGACAGAGUUCUUUUUAUACUGGAACAUGGUAUGACAUAG